UUAGUUUCAAAUAAAAACAACUUAUUAAGUUACAAAAAAAAGUUAAAAGAAGAAAAUGUUUUUAACUUUUAUGUUUUUGUUUCUUAUUUAUUUUCUAAUUAAAGUAUUUUGGAAGCUUUGGAUUUAUUCUUAUGGCCUGUCAACUGUUUCUACACCUCCCACAUUACCAUUAUUUGGCAAUUGUCUUCAAAUCAAAAGUGAUCCUGUAAAAGCCAGCAAACAACUAUUCGAGUGGAGCAGAGUAUACGGAAAAGUGUUUUGUGUUUGGGUUGGCAUUCGGCCAACUAUAUUCUCAUCUUCUGUUAAUUUUUCCGAAGCAAUUUUAAGCAGUCAAAAAAUAAUUCAAAAAGGAUUUGUGUACAAUUUUUUGCAUGAAUGGCUUAAAACUGGUCUACUAACAAGUACGGGAAAUAAGUGGAAAUUGCGUCGUCGACUUCUAACGCCAAGCUUUCAUUUUUCUAUACUCGAUAACUUUUUAAAAAUUUUUGAAGAGCAAGGAAAUUGUUUAAUCGAUAAAUUUCGUGUUCUUGCCCAAAAUGGAAAAUAUUUUGAUAUUCAGGUGCCUAUUGGGUUAGCUACAUUAGAUAUAAUAUGCGAGACGUCAAUGGGAGUGAAAAUAAACGCGCAGUAUCAGCCAGAUUCCGAAUAUGUUACUGCCAUUAACAUCUUAAGUGAGGAAAUAGUUAGACGGUUUAAGUACCCGUGGUUGUGGCCAAAUAUUUUUUAUAAGCAUUUUUCUUGUGGAAAACGGUACUUUAAAGCAUUAGACAUUGCUCAUAAACUGUCUCUUAAUGUAAUUCAUGAAAGAAUUCAAACUAGUUUACAAAACGAAAGUGAAAAUGUGUUAAUCAAUAAACUUGACAAUAAGAGCGUGUUGAACAAUGAAGAGGAUCUCGGUGUAGGUAAAAAGAGGUUUUUCUUAGAUUUAUUGUUAGACAUGCAUAAAAAAGGUGAAAUUGAUGUUGAUGGGAUUCAAGAGGAGGUGGAUACAUUUAUGUUUGAAGGUCACGACACCACCUCAUCAGCAAUGUGUUGGACAUUAUGGUUGCUGGGAAGAUAUCCACAAAUUCAACAGAAACUGCAUGCUGAAGUUGAUGAAGCUGAACUAACUUCGGGUUCACUAUAUGAAAAAGUACGAAACUUUAAAUAUCUUGAAAAUGUUUUAAAAGAAAGCCUGAGACUUCAUCCACCAGUUCCCUUAAUCAGUAGGUAUAUUGAAGAAGAUAUGAUGAUUGAUGGUCAGUUUAUUCCUAAAAAAUCCGAAAUCGCUAUUCUUGUGAUGAUGAUACAUUUAAAUCCUGAGUAUUGGAAAGAUCCUCACAGCUUUAUACCUGAAAGAUUUGAUCAAGAUGAUUUUGUAAAGCGUAAUCCAUACACUUACAUUCCAUUCUCCGCUGGCCCUAGAAAUUGCAUUGGUCAAAAGUUUGCAAUGAUAGAGGAAAAAAUGCUGUUAUAUAACAUAAUGAAACAUUUUUAUGUAGAAUCCAUGCAGAAUGAAAAUGAAAUUUUAAGAACUCAAGAUCUUAUAAGUAAAUCAGCUAAUGGUAUCAUGAUGAAGUUCUAUGAAAGAUGAUAUUUGUAAAAAAAAACACUUUGUUAAAAAAUUUCUUUAAUAACAAACAUGUUUGUUAUUAAAAAAAUGUAAAUUUUUGAAUUGUUAGAAAAGAAGUUCGUACAUUUGAGACUA